CGGUCGCCGGAGCCAGUCAGUUCGUGUUUCGUUGGUCCGGGCGCCGGUUGGCGUUUCGUCGACGCCGUCGCGUGAAGAGGCGAGAGACGCGCAAGAGUCGGAGAGACAGGGAGAGAGUGUGUGUUGUUGUGGCGGAUAAAAGAAAAGAGAAUAACUUUUUUUCGCGCGCGCCGGAUGUGUUUCGCCCGCGGGUCCCUCAACACCCGCCUAAAUGUGGAUACCGCGAGCUAAGCGGCUGCCGCGGCCAGCUCGCAGGCGACGGGAUCACACGGCAACAUGGUGGCCAGCCGCGACGCGACGAGCGCCCGCCACGGGUCCGACCUGUACGUGCGCACCAGCUGGGCCGACGCCGAGCUAGCGCUUCGCCAGAUCGACAAGGGCGCUGCGUCUGGCAACCGCGCGGCUCUGUGGGCGCGCGGGCUCCUGCAGCAGCAGCUGUUCCAGCUGGGCUGCUUCGUGCAGCGCCACGCCGGCAAGGUGCUGUUCGUGGCCAUCCUCGUGCUGGCCACCUUCUGCGUGGGGCUCAAGUCGGCGCAGGUGCACACGCGCGUCGACCAGCUCUGGGUGCAAGAGGGCGGCCGCCUGGAGCGCGAGCUGCGCUACACGCAGGCCGCGCUCGGCGAGGCCGACUCCAGCACGCACCAGCUGGUCAUACAGACGUCGCGGGACGAGACCGCGUCGCUGCUGCACCCCGCCGCCUUGCUCGCGCACCUCGCCGUCGUGCGCGCGGCGGCCUCCGUCACCGUCCACCUCUUCGACAUAACUUGGAGACUGAAAGACAUGUGUUACUCGCCCAGUAUUCCGAAUUUCGAUGAACAUUAUAUAGACCAAAUAUUUCAAGAUAUUAUUCCUUGUGCCGUUAUAACUCCGCUCGACUGUUUUUGGGAAGGAUCUAAACUUUUGGGACCUGAAUUUCCUGUACAUAUACCCGCACUCGGCUCCAAAGUCAGGUGGACGAAUCUAAGCCCGCUGCAUCUGAUCGAACAGAUGAAGAGCUUGCACUUCUCGUUCCCGUUCGACACGCUUGAAGACUAUAUGAAGAGGGCCGGCGUUAGUACGGGCUACCAAGAGAAACCCUGUCUGGACCCCAGCGAUGCAGAGUGUCCAGACACAGCUCCCAACAAGAAGCUGGGCCAGCCGCCGGACGUGGGCGCGGAGCUGACGGGCGGAUGCUACGGGUUCGCGGCCAAGUACAUGCACUGGCCGGAGGACCUGGUGGUCGGCGGCGCCGUCAAGAACAAGACCGGCCACAUCAAGAAAGCGCACGGGCUGCAGACGGUCGUGCAGCUGAUGGGCGAGCGGGAGAUGUUCGAGCUGUGGUCGAAGACCUACAAGGUCCACCACAUCGACUGGACGCAGGAGAAGGCCGCAGUCGUGCUCGAGACGUGGCAGAGGAGGUUCGCCCAGGAGGUACAAAAACAAAUGCGGAGCGCUAACAGCUCGUCUGGGCCGUACAACAUGUACGCCUUCUCCACGUCCAGCCUGAACGACCUGCUGACGAGGUUCUCGGAGCUCAGCGUGUUCAAGGUCGUCAUCUGCUUCGUCCUCAUGGUGGCGUACGUGUCGGCGGCCCUGGUGCGGUGGCGGGACCCCGUGCGCUCGCAGGCGGGGGUGGGCGCGGCAGGCGUGCUCCUCGUCGCCGUGUCGGCGGCCGCCGGCCUGGGAUUCUGCGCGCUGCUGGGCAUCGCCUUCAACGCCGCCACGCUGCAGAUCCUGCCCUUCCUGGCGCUGGGGCUGGGCGUGGAGAACCUGUUCCUGGUGGCCCGGGCCUACGCCGACGACGAGGGCAUAGCGGAGCACCGUCCCGACGAGCAGACGGGUGUGGUGCUGAAACGAAUCGGGGUCAACAUCAUCCUCUCAUCACUGAGCAACAUAUGCGCUUUUUUCUCCGCAGCCAUCAUACCCGUCCCAGCGCUGCGAGUGUUUUCGUUACAGGCGGCGGUGCUGAUGGUGUUCAACCUGGGCGCCACCCUGCUGGUGUUCCCGGCGCUGGUCAGCCUGGACCUGUGGCGCCGGCGCUCGGGCCGCGCCGACCUGCCGUGCUGCUGCCUGCCCGCCGCCCCCGGGGGCGGCUGGCCCUGCCUCCCCCCGCCGCCGCCGGUGGCGCCCGACCCGCCCAGGAAGCUGCAGACCAUCGCGCGGGCGCUGCCGCCCGACCGGCAGCAGACGGUCACCGUGCUGGCGCCGCCUGCGCCAGCGUCCCCACAAGCGCCGGAGUGCUGGGUGGGGUCGACGCGGGAGCUGCUGACGGGGGACCCGGAGAAGGGCGGCCGGGCGCCGUGCCAGCCGCGCGACUGGUCGCUGUCGCGCCUCGCCGCGCGCCACUACGCGCCGCUGCUGGCGCGGCCGCGGGUGAAGGCGGCGUGCGCGGGCGCCCUGGCGCUGGUGCUGGCGGCCAGCUCCUGGGGCGCCACCAAGGUGCGCGAUGGCCUCGAGCUGACGGACGUCGUGCCCCAGGGCACGGACCAGCACGCCUUCCUCGCCGCCCAGGGCCGCUACUUCGGCUUCUACGACAUGCGCGCCGUCACGACGGGCGACUUCGAGUACCCCACCAACCAGCGGCUGCUGCACGAGUAUCACGAGGGCUUCAUGCGCGUGCCGAGCGUCGUCAAGAACGACGACGGCGGCCUGCCCGACUUUUGGCUCAGCAUGUUCAGGGACUGGCUCACGAACCUGCAGAGGGCGUUCGACCGCGACUGGCGGCGCGGCAGCAUCACGCAGGAGCGGUGGUUCGCCAACGCCAGCGACGAGGGCAUCCUGGCCUACAAGCUGCUGGUGCAGACGGGCCACGUCGACAACCCCGUCGACAAGUCCCUGGUGGCCAGCGCGCGGCUCGUCGACGCCGACGGCAUCAUCAACCCCAAGGCGUUCUACAACUACCUGAGCGCGUGGGCCCACAACGACGCGCUGGCGUACGGGGCGUCGCAGGCCAGCCUGCGGCCGGAGCCCAAGGAGUGGCACCACGCGGCGUCCGACUACGAGCUCAAGAUCCCCAAGUCGGGGCCGCUGACGUACGCCCAAAUCCCGCUGUACCUGCGCGGGCUGAACGGCACGGAGCGCGUCACGGAGGCGCUGGCGCAGGUGCGGGAGCUGUGCCGCCGCUUCGAGGAGCGCGGCCUGCCCAACUACCCGUCGGGCAUCCCCUUCCUGUUCUGGGAGCAGUACCUGGGGCUGCGGCGGGCGCUGGGGCUGGCGCUCGCCUGCGCGCUGGCGGGAGGCUUCGGCGCGACCUGGGCGCUGGCGCUGAGCGCCCGGACCGCGGCGCUGGCAGCGUGCGGGCCCGCCGCGGUGGCCCUGCAGCUGCUGGGGGCCAUGGGGCUGGCCGGCGUGCGGCUGAGCGCCGUGCCCGCCGUGCUGCUGGUCCUGGCCGUCGGCGUGGGCGCACGCUUCACCGCGCACCUCUGCUUCGGUUUCGUGACGGCCAUCGGAUGUCGGAACAGAAGGGUCCAACUGUCAUUGGAGAAAAUGUUCCCCCCGGUGGUUCACAGUGCCUUCGCCUUACUGAUCGGUGUCCUAAUGCUGGCGUUCUCGGAGUUCGAUUUCAUAGUUAGGUACUUCUUCUACGUUCUCUUCGUUCUAGUUCUAAUAGGACUCGUCAACGGAUUGGUGUUCUUUCCCGUCAUUCUUUCGCUAAUUGGACCUGGUGCUGAAGUGGAGCCGCGCGACCACGAGGACCGCAUCGCCACGCCCUCGCCUCCCCCCUCCCCGGCGCGGCACCGCACGGGCUCCUGCCGGGUGGGGCGGGUGGCUCCACCCCCGCGCGCCCCGUGCGGCGUGGGGGGAGGGGGGCGUCUUCACGCCGCACCCUCGCUCACCACCAUCACGGAGGAGGGCAACUCCUGGCAGUCGUCUCGCUCCACCCACUCCACCCACGAGAUCGUGGUGCAGCCGGAGCUCGUGGUGGAGACCACCACCAACUACGGCCCGGCCACCCAGACCACGACCCAGACGGGCGACAGAUCGUCGUCCCAGAGCUCCACGCCUCCGCCGCCGGGCCACUCGGUCACCACCAAGGUCACCGCGACGGCCCACGUCAAGGUUGAGGUCCACACGCCGCUGUCAGGAUCGGCGGACAGAGAAGCUGGGAGCAGCGGCGGCAGCAGCAGCAGGUCUCGGUCGAGCCGAGGCAGUCGAGACUCGGGCUCCGAGUCGGACAGCGCGGGUCGGAACGGCUCGUAGCGGCACCCUCCCUCCCUCCCGCAUGUUACCAGAGAAAACAAUCAGCGUAAAGCAGCCAAUGCGGUGCCCAUCGUCGCAACGGGGCAAGAGCGGCCGAUGACCCAGAGUGCAACAAGCCUGCGGUAGUUUCGCAUCUCGCCUGUUGCACGACAGCCCCACGGCGAACCUCCUCAGUCGGGUUUGCUUCGCAUCCAGGAGCAAGACCUUUCACGACUGUGGGCAACACACUGCCAUCAACUGAACAUUGAAUCCAUGAACAGUUUCCAUUUAUUUCUUCCUGGUGCUGAGGUCUGGUUCGUGGAAACCGAUUCUUGGUUGGUUCUUAUUUUUUUUUUUUUUUAAUAAAUUUCAUAUGCAGGGACAAAGAGUUCAUGAUGAAAUGUGAUAAGACUGAAAUAACACCUAAAAGUAUAUCAAUACACCAUGUUAUCACUUAAAUGCUAUUAAAUUUUAAAAAAAAAGUUUCCUUUUAAUGUACAGUAGAUCCUGUUCUUCAGGAAAAGUUAUACAAAAAACAAAACAGGAUUUGUAGGUUAAAAACUUAGGUCUACAUUUACAGUAUAUAGUAUUACAACUAGGUAUGGGCCAAUCAAAACCUCAAAUACCAUUAAAUCUGUAGUAUUCUAAAAAUUUGAUAUUCGAGGAAAAAGAUUUGAAGAAAAAUAUUACAGGAAUUUAAGGAAUCUAAAAUAUUCACACUGUACCUCUGACAUUUCAUAGGUCAAUUUUUUCCCAAAACCCUAUCCUGUUCCCCCAGGAUACUGUACUUUUAAAUGUAAUAUACAUAUAAAUAAAAUUACAAUAUGUAUUGAUUUUGGAAACUUCGUUUGUAAAACAAACAUUUUAAAGGUUUAAAUAUUUCGACACCUUAGUUAAUAUUUUUAAUAUCUUGUAUAUUAUUUUAUAUUUGACCAUUAAGACUUGGGGGCAGUACUCCAAGAAACUAAAAUAAGGGUUUGGUUUAGGUGUUGAAUAUGCUACAACUGUACCCUAACUGUAUUCCUAGUUCAUGAUAGGUAGGAUACAGCUAGUAGUCCCUUAUUUUUAGGGAACAGAUUUUGGUGUCCUACCUGUUACCAAUCUAUCACCCAAAUUCUGCACAUACGCAGAGCUCAUUCUUUUGUUGAUUUCGUACAGAUGGCGGACCUGUGUCUGGCGCCAUUAACUUGUAUAUUGAAAAUGAGUUUCUAGCCUCGUGCAGGGCACUGUUUAUUAAAACGGUUGGUUCCUUACUGGGAUGCAGUUUGGACACAUAUGGCCCGCUAGUUAGGCAGUCUCUUUUACUACCUUACCCGAAUAUCUUGGAAUACCGCCUUUUAGAUACGGAUUUGAGGGGUAUAUUCGAGGUUCUCUUUGGAACUCAGAAUUCGAGAUUUGGAUUCAAGAAUACCGGUAUUGGGAUUCAGUUCAUCACUAAUUAAAACUAAAAUUAAGCUAUAAGAAAAGUGUAUUUAUGAAGAAAACAACAUUGAUUUUUAUAGUUUUACCCAUCCAAACUGUUUUAUUGCAUAAUCGUCGCACUUUUUAAACUAAAAUUAAGUUUGAAAAGUAGGGGUUCCUUUUAUUUGUUUGGUAAAGUUAUCCAUAAAAACAAAACCUAUUCAUGGAAAGUAUGUUUAUUUAAUAAAAAAAAAUAGAGUAUACAAAGGCAUGCCAAACAAUUUAAAUUAAUAAGUCAUGUAACAAAAUUAUUUUUUUCAACUAAGUAGAAAAACAAAAACCGUGACCCGAACAUGAGCCGAUACUAACACUUAACUAUCGUCGUCGUACACACCCUGAUAGAGUGUGGGCUUAUUAAAUGUAGUUAACUCGGUACUAGACAGAGCGCGUGCAUUGCAUGCAAUUGGUGAGCUAUCUAUAUCAAUAUUUCACUACAUGUGCGCGCUCUAUACAGGAAUCAAUAUAAUCAAACAUGAAUGACGGUAACUAGUGCUGGCUACAUUUUUAUAAGCGGUACACAUCGGCGACAAAGAUGAACAGAUCAAGAUUAUAUUGUUAAAAUAUAAUAAUAUAAAAUAAAAUUUUCACAUCAGACAACUUCGUAUUUCUAUUAAUUAAAUAAGUAAGCAGUAAUAUCCGUAUGAACAUUAUACUGCAACUUUAAAAUACAUUGUUUAUAUGGAAUGGUAUCUACACAAAGCGCUCUGAAUCUAACACCGGGACCACAAACAUCAUGUAAUUUUUAUGCAAAAAAAAAUUCUCUCUCUUUAAUGUGUAUAAUAAUGGUAUGACGAUUAUGCACAUGCAAAAAUUAUGUGAUAAAACAUGGUACGUGCUUUUUAAGGCAUAUUUCAUUUUAUUCAGACUUACAGUGAUCCCAUCUGGUCCAGAUAAACAGAACUCUACUUUAUUUGAUUGAAUUAAUGUCAUUUACUUAAAUUGAAGAGAUACAGUUUCUUGUACAAACAAAUGAAAUUGGCCUAAAAAUAAAAUCAUAAAAUCUUGUCUCUAUUUGCUUGGCAUUGUUUGAUUUUCUUUUAAAUAGUCGAGGAUUCUUCUCAUGAUGUUGAGUGCUAUGGUGUCACAUUCUCAUAGGAAAUCAAAGAACAUUGAUUCAGUUGCAACCCUCGACACAUCUUGUUGAUUAAUGAACCAAAAUUAAUAUAUUAUCACCUAUUAUUUAGAGUGAACAAUUAUUUUGGGAGGUUUGAUUGCUGUAACUUUUUAAUAUAUAUUUUUUUGAAAAUUUUCCAGGUUUUAAGGUAAAGGGUACAAAUUAUUAGAAUUUUUGAAAAUUUUUGUGACUGACUGAUGUCUGUUGAAAAUGUGAUUAUACUGUAGUAAUUUUUUUUAUAAUUAAAGCAUUAUUGAAACCCAAUGAAAAAUAUUUAUUACUAAACGCUAUAACUUUAGUCAUUUUAAUAAAUUAUGUGUUAUGUCUAUCACUGUACAAAGUAAAGUAUUUUAUAAUAAGCAAUGAUAUAUGAUCAAAAAUUGUUUAGUCAAGGUAUGGUGUGUCAAACCCUGUUUCUUAAAUGCAUGUAAAAUAAUUGUAUUUAUUAAACAUAAUUUUCAGUGUUUAGGUAGUAAAUGUUACGUUAAGGUACUUUUCUGUAAGAAAUCUCUUCUUUCGAAAACCAAAACUGAGAGUGCCUUCAAAAUGAAUUUUGUUCACUUAUAGAAAUGUUGAUGUAUAAAAUGAGUGAUCUUCAUACAACUUUGGCAAACAAGGAUCACAAUGAUGUAAAAAUCUGGCUGUUAUCGGUCUUAUAAUCAAAACUCUAUUAUCACAUUAACAUAUCAUAAAAUAACCCUUGCAUAGAUAAUGUCAAUAUUUUUGAUAAUGCAUAUUCUUUUUUGUCUUCAAUCAAACAAUGAUACUGGAGAGCAAGGAAAUUUGUUACUAAGGAGGAUUGUGUAUAAUUAUAGUUGUAAAAUGAAGGCUCUACUUAUAAAUGGAAAUUACAAACGGUAGAUUUUCAAGCUUUAUUACCAACUGAAAUUCAUAAAAUAUUAGUAACUGUUUUUCACUAUUCUGAGUCAUGAUAAAUUUAUAUUUAUUUGUAAGUAUAGUAUGCUCUAGUACAUUAAAAAAAUGUUGGGAGGACAUUUUUGAGGUUUUAACUAACUGUAUUUAAAGUUUGUUUAGACACUAUAAUUAAUAUUUAACAUAGAAAUAACAUAAGGUAAUCUUAAACAAAAAUUCCUUGUGGAUUUGAUUAAAAUGUACAUUUUCUUGAAGAAAAAAACAACUUAUUAACAAAUAAAUUAAUCAAUAUCCCUUCUAGAAUAACUUAAUUAAAAACUGUACGUGUCAAAGAACAGAGGAUAUUUAUAAUUUUGAAAAUGGUUGACUCAGUUUAGUUUUGAUGAAAACAAACCUCUUAUAUAUAUUUAUUGUACAAAGUCCUUUCGAAAGAUUGAAUGAGAGCACUACUGAAUCAUGAUAUUUUUGUGAAACAAUAAAAACAUUAGAGAUGGACAGAAUGCAAAUUUUUGGCCCGAGUUGAUUCGAGAUCAGUAAUAUCUUCUUUGAUUUGAAUCGAGUACACAUAUGAUAAUUUUUUUAGUCAAAUAGAGUUCUACCUUAUUAAAAAAAAAUAAACAAACAGUAAAUUAACUUUGUAUUAUUUUCUUUUUCAUCUGCAAUAUUCUGGUUGGAAACAAAUGUCCCGACUUCUAAACCCGCAAUAUAUAGGCAUUUUCAAACAUCACAUCCAAAAUGUAUUUUAAAACUGGCAUUAAACUACACGUGCAAUAUGUAAUGUUUGAUGGUGAAAAAGAUAAUUGCAUUUGCUCAUUGAUAUAGGUUAGAUGUCUGCCAUAUUACCAGAUAGUCAAAGAUAUGAAGAUACAUGGUUUAACAUUUUCGUUUUGUGGCGAACAGCGAUCCUAUAGAUUACUGCUAUAGUAAAAAAAAACAUGUAAAUUAGAGACAUUAAAAUGUUUUCUUUUAAUGGUUUAUCUGUUGUAUUACAGUAGAGCAUUCCAAAAUUACGUCUUUCCCAAUGUUUUCAAACGUAAAUAGCAGAAGAAAUGUUUUACUUUUUUUGGGCAGUGUAAUUAUGCAAAAUAACCAUGCUUAGGGAAAGCUGCAUAAAUAAAAAUAUGAGAUUACUUUGGGAACUGUUUGCAAAAUAAUGGUAUGUGAAUUUAAUGCUCCUUGCACAUGUCAAAUAUGAAACAAUUUAUAUAAAAAAACUGUCCAGUCACUUUCUGUCUAAUGAAAAGAACUCAACUGUUGAGUCUAGCUUUAGCUACACGCUCUAAUUGGCUUGAGUUUUUGAGUCUCAGUCCAUCUCUAAAAAAUAUGAAUUCUACAUGGUAUUAAAGAAAGAACUAAAAUCAUCACGAAUAAUUAAGCUACUUGAUCAUUAUUAUUAGAUACUGUGAAAAUGUAAAUUUAUUUUGGUGAAUAAAUUAAUCUAGUGUUCAUUUAUAUUGAAUCACUGGUACAGUGAAAUGCUGUAAGUCUAUUUUUAGAAGCAUCACUGUUGGUAAAGGUUAUUGAAAACAAUUUUUGUACAAAAAUAAUUUUAAUUUAAGUGUUUAUGUGGCUGGUCACUUUUUCAUUUAAUUUUGCUCAUUACUGCAUUUAUUUAAUAUAACUGUAAUAAUAAAUAUAUUUAUUGAUCAAAUUUAAUAAAAUAAAUAUUUGUAUAUUUACAUUGUACAUUUAUCUCUUGUAGCUUUGUAAAGUUGCAUAAAUUAUUGAAUUCUUUUUGUACAAAUCUGACGUAAACGUUUGCGGCACUCCAACUUAAACUGAAAAAGUAAAGAGUGUGUGUAAAUAGUGUAAAUAAUUACCCUUUAAAAAUAUAAUUUAUGUAAUUAUUUUAUUGUAAAUGAACAUGUAAGUUGUAAUUACUGUAUUCAUAGUUUAUAACUAAACAAGUUUUUGAAACUGAAACAAUGACAUAUAUACCUCUGGAAUAAAGAUGGCGGAACUAGUAUGUAGGAUAUUUUAGUGCAACGAAAGUAACACUUAUUUAUUGUA